CCCGAAUUUUUAAGGUUUUUCCGGGAAUUUUGUUAGCAAGUUCAUUUAAGUUAUUUUUCCCACAAACCAUGAGCCACCCGCCAGAAAGCUUCGACGCGAUGCAGAAGCGCAUCGCGUUCGUGCAGCAACACUUUGGCCUGCAGCUGUGCCGAUUUUGCGGCACCGAAACCCGCGGGCUGUUGCGGAUCUUCACCGAGGAUCGCCAGACAUUCAACGCCGAACGCAACAUUGACCAGCUGCUGGAGAAGCAGUUUGUGGAGUUUGUUCCAGAGAAUGAGGCCGGUUUGCCAAAUUGUAUCUGUGAAAAGUGCGUGGACAGUUUGGUUCGGUGGAACCGGUUCCAAGAGACGUUUAGCGCGACGACCAAGCUGCUGUUCAAGGUGCGGGAUCAGCUGGUCGUCGAUGUUGGAGCGAUCAAGGUCGAUCCGGCGCUCGCCAGCGAGGAAGAUGAGGACGACGUAAGUUAUGAGGGAUUUGAGGAGGAAUCGCAGGAGAAGGUGUAUCCUGAAGACCAUGAUGUUUACGAGAUUGAGUACGUGCACAAUUUGCCGGACAACGUGACGGUUGAGGACGUGACGAUCAUUGAGACGAUCGACGAGGAGUUUGAACUGCCGUUGAGGGAGGAGAUCUUGAUCGAGACUAAAGAAGAGUCGAAUGAAUCGGAACAGUUUAUCGGAUUUGACGAAAAGGAGGAAGUGAAGCAUGUUGUCGAGCCGCAGACGAUAAGUCGAAAGAGGAAGAGACCUGAAGAACCUGCCCCAAAGUCAGCAACUCCUCAACAAUGUCCAAUUUGUGGCGUUCUGGUCAAAGUCAAGAUGAAGCAUCACCUGCUGCGCCACUCGGACCCCGAGGGACGUCCCUUCAAGUGCACCCAGUGUGACAAAUCGUACUCGAUCAAGAAGACACUCGCCGAUCACAUCCGACAGGUCCACCAGAACAUCCGCUACGCUUGCGAGGUGUGCCAAAAGCAGUUCGUCAGCCGGGACGUGCUGCGCGUCCAUAAGAAGCUACACUCCAACGAGCAGCACCGCUGCCAGCACUGCGGUCAGACGUUCCUGCAGCGAGUCUACUUGCUCAAACAUAUGGCCGUGCAUGAACAGAAGCGGUUCACCUGCGAAGACUGCGGCAAGACGUUCCGCUUUAAGGAACUCAUGAAACAGCACGCCCGAAUUCACACCGGAGAAAAGCCUUUCCCCUGCGGAUCGUGUGAUAAAAGCUUCCGAACGUCGACCCACCUGAAGCAACACAUGCGAUCCCACACGCAAGCCAAAGUAUUCAAGUGCAAGCUCUGUCCAGUGGCGUACGCCAACAAAAAGUCGCUGGAUCGGCACGUGGCUCGCGGGCAGCAUCAGGCUGAAGGUUAA